CUGCACCGCGCCAUGGCCCCGCGCGCCCCGAGGCGCGGCCCGCUGCCCCGGCUGCUGGCGCUGUGCGUGCUGCUCGCCUCGCUGCAGGGGACCUUCCAGGCCACCCCUCGUUGCACGAGUGACAGGCACUAUGAGCAUGCUGGGCGGUGCUGCAGCAAGUGUGAACCAGGAAAGUACAUGUCUUCUAAAUGCACUACUACCUCCGACAGCGUGUGUUUGCCCUGCGGCCCAGAUGAAUACUUGGAUACCUGGAAUGAAGAAGAUAAAUGCUUGCUGCAUAAAGUCUGCGACACAGGCAAGGCUCUGGUGGCAGUGGAUCCUGGCAGCCACACGGCUCCCCGGCGCUGCGCCUGCACGGCUGGUUAUCACUGGAGCCAGGACUGCGAGUGCUGCCGACGCAACACAGAGUGCAAGCCCGGCUUUGGCGCCCAGCACCCUUUGCAGCUUAACACGGACACCGUGUGCAAGACUUGCCCCCCAGGCUACUUCUCAGAUUCCUUUUCUUCCACGGACAAAUGCAAACCCUGGACCAAUUGUACUGUUCUUGGGAAGACAGAAGAACAUCGUGGGACAGAGAAAUCAGAUGUGGUUUGCAGUUCUUCUCUGCCAUCCAGAAAACUGCCGCAGGACCCCCAGGUUUAUCUGCCCAGUUUAAUCAUUCUGCUUCUCUUCAUAUGUGUGGCGCUGGUGGCUGCUGUCAUCCUUGGCAUUUGCUACAGGAAAAGAGGGAAAGCAGUAACAGUGAAUUUGUGGCACUGGUUCAAUGAUGCUUGUGGUCGCCUAAGUGGAACUAAGGAGUCCUCGGGUGACAGUUGUGACGGUGCUCACUUGGCAGCCUCCCCUCAGCAUGAAGUGAGUGAGGGUGUCUUACUGCUGACUGUGGAGGAGAAGAUGAUUCCACAAGAUAUAUGCUUUCUGGAUGGCGCUGGUGUCUUCAGGGGUGCAUGUGCAGGAGCCGGGCCCUGUGCACAGGGUGAAGCGGCAGGGACCUUCUCCUUGGUUGAGAUAGAGGGGGACCCCUUCAGGCAGAUUCCCAUGGAAGACGAGUACAUGGACAGGCCCUCGCCAUCCCCAGGCUGUUCACUGUUCCAGACGCAGGCCAGAAGCAAGUCCACGCCCCCUUUCUCAGAACCCCUGGAGGUGGGGGAGAAUGACAGUUUAAGCCAGUGCUUCACAGAAACUGAGAACACAGUGGAUCCAGAAAGCUGCAGUUUCAUGAAGCCCCCAUAUAGGACUGACUGGAGUCCUGAGUCCCCUGAAAAAUAUUCACAAAAAGAGGUGGAAGAUGGCAGUGGCCCACAUUGGGCAGCCAGUGCCAACUUGGCAGACAACUGCACAGGCUGUGGGAAUCUUGCUGGGGUGGACCCUGAACCCCUCAUGAGUUCCCUGAAAUGUGGACACCUGCCUCAGUGUGCAUAUGGCAUGGGCCUCCCCACUGAGGAGGCAGCUGGCAGGGCAGAGGGGGCCGACACAUCCCAGGAUGGGGAUGAAGUAAGGCUUCCCGGCUCCUCCAGGGGAGGCACUGGACCUGGGAGCUCCUCCAGUGACCAGCCACCUGUGUCUGGAAACGUGACCGGGAACAGUAACUCCACGUUUAUUUCCAGCGGACAAGUGAUGAACUUCAAGGGCGACAUCAUCGUGGUCUAUGUCAGCCAGACAUCGCAGGAGGGCGCGGCGGGGUCCAGUGGCGCUGGCGGGGACCCCGUGGGGCGCCCCGUGCAGGAGGAGACUCUGGGCUGCGACUCCUUCGCGGGCACCGCGCCGCGCUUCCCGGACUCGAGCGCGGCCGCCCAAGCGCUGCUGGAGCCGCUCGGGGCGGCGCGGCCAGUGCAGGAGCAGGGCGCGGGCUGACGGGACCCAGCCGAGCGCAGGAGGCCCCUCCGCCUCCACCGCUGCGGGCCAGCCGUACAGUGUGCAGAGCCCUCUGGCGUUCUCCGCCCACCCUCAAGAACCAGGGACUUCUCACAAGUGAAGUUGCAGCGUGACUCCCAGUGUUGGCACAGCCUCGCACCCUGCACCCGCACGCAUCGCGGCCGGGCCACCUUCACGACACACCACCGGCCUUCCUAGUAACUGCCCCUUCUUGAUGUCUUUGUUUUGUGACUGUAGUUCUUUCUAGGACUGUAUUUUCCUCCCAAUGUUUUGCUUUCU